AUGGACGAGCUCUUUGAUGUUUUCGACGAGCCGCCAAAACAGGCGGCCGAUGGCGUAGAUUCCCCCGCAGGCGCCGAGCCUGCACAAGCCCCUACAACCUCACCGUCCGCCAAGUCAAAGUCGUCGAGAAGGGAAAAGACGGAGAAAAAGAAGGAUAAGAGCAAGAAGCGAAAAGCAGAUGGCCAUAUGAAGAAUGGCACGUCUACGGAUGCAGACGUCGAAAUGGCCGACGGCGAAGAUCCAUCUCAUGAUGACGAAGACGACAACGACGAGGGGGAAGAGCCCGACCAGAGCGAAAAUAACCCCCAGGACCCCAAGCGACGCAAGAAGGAAAGCGAGGCGGACCCCGUAAUGGCAGACACAUUCACCACCGCCGAGUCGAGAGAGGUCGCCGCGGCUGAAGGUUUUGCGCCAGCGAAGGGAGAGGAGGCCGACAAAGCCCUGACCAUUGCACACAACAUCCAACAUCAAGUCGCGUUGCCGCCAGAUCUGGACUACGAAUAUGUUCCUCUGUCAAGCCACAAGCCGCCAGCAGAGCCCGCGCGAACUUACAGCUUCAAGCUCGACCCUUUCCAAAGCUUAUCUGUGGCUUCGAUCCAAAGAGAUGAGUCUGUUCUGGUAUCAGCUCAUACCAGUGCAGGAAAGACGGUGGUUGCCGAGUAUGCAAUUGCUCAAUGUUUAAAGAAUAAACAGAGAGUGAUCUACACGAGUCCCAUCAAAGCGUUGAGCAACCAGAAAUACCGAGAUUUCCAGGGCGACUUCGGAGACGUAGGACUGAUGACAGGAGAUGUUACCAUCAACCCGACUGCUAGUUGCUUGGUCAUGACAACCGAGAUUCUGCGGUCAAUGUUAUAUCGUGGCUCUGAGAUUAUGCGAGAGGUGGCAUGGGUUGUGUUUGACGAGAUCCACUAUCUUCGAGACAAGAGUCGCGGUGUCGUGUGGGAAGAAACCAUCAUUCUGCUGCCAGACAAGGUUCGAUAUGUGUUCUUGUCCGCUACGAUUCCCAAUGCCUUCCAAUUUGCAGAGUGGAUCGCCAAGAUACACCGUCAAGCAUGUCACGUUGUGUACACCGAUUUUCGACCAACACCUCUUCAGAAUUACUUCUUCCCAGCUGGAGGCGAGGGCAUCUUCCUUGUCGUUGACGAGAAGAGCAACUUCAAGGAGAACAACUUUAACAAGGCCAUGGCUCUCAUAGAGCAGAAGAAGGGAGCGGAUCCUGCCGAUCCCAAUGCCCAAAUGAAGGGGAGGGGUCGGAACAAGAAAACAAACAAGGGUGGCAAGUCGGACUCUCAGUCAGACAUCUCCAAGAUCAUCAAGAUGAUCAUGAAGAGGUCAUUCCACCCUGUUAUUGUCUUCAACUUCAGCAAGCGCGAGUGUGAGGCAAUGGCUCUCGCUAUCUCCCACAUGACAUUUAACAACCCAUCUGAAAAGCAACUGGUCAGAGAGGUGUUUCACAGCGCCAUCAACCAGUUGGCUGAGGAAGACCGGUCGCUCCCGCAAAUCACACAUAUUCUUCCCCUUUUGGAGAAGGGCAUUGGUGUCCAUCACUCUGGCCUGCUGCCUAUCCUGAAGGAGACUAUCGAGAUCCUGUUCCAGGAGGGGUUGAUCAAGGCGCUCUUCGCUACCGAAACUUUCUCUAUCGGCUUGAACAUGCCGGCCAGAACAGUAGUUUUUACAUCGGUUAUGAAGUUCGACGGAGUGAGACAACGCCCUCUAACCACCGGCGAGUAUAUCCAGAUGUCGGGCCGUGCUGGACGUCGUGGCCUCGACGACCGUGGUAUUGUUAUCAUGAUGAUUGAUGACAAGCUUGAGCCAGAGACGGCAAAGGGCAUCGUGGCCGGCGAACAAGACAAGCUUAACUCGGCCUUUUAUCUGGGCUACAACAUGGUUCUCAAUCUGCAACGGAUUGAAACCAUCUCGCCCGAGUUCAUGCUUGAGCGAUGUUUCUUCCAAUUUCAAAAUGCUGCCAGUGUCCCUGGGCUGGAGAAGGAGCUCAUCGCCUUGCAGCAGGAGCGGGAUAACAUGGUGAUUCCUGACGAGAACACCGUCAAGGAGUACUACAACCUGCGCAACCAGAUCGAGGACUACACCAAGGACAUGGUCGCGGUAAUACAGCACCCUAAUUACUGCACCGAAUUCCUUCAACCUGGCCGACUAGUACAGAUCAAGACGCCCAGUGGAGAGGAUUUCGACUGGGGCGUGAUCAUCAACUUCGUCUCCCGCCGAUCGCCCAAAGCCGGCGAGCCACCCCAUGCACCCCAGGAGUCCAUUUUCAUCGACGUUCUGUUGCGACUGGAUGGAGAGAGCAAUGAUGUUAAGCGUAUUCAGCCCUCAAGCGGCGUCAUGCCACCAGGUGUUCGUCCAUUCGCAGAGAGUAGAUCCAAGACCUGCAGGUACGAGGUUGUGCCUGUGCUUCUCAACUGUGUGAAGGCCUUCGGCCAGAUUCGACUGUUUGUGAAGGGCGACUUGAAGACAGAGCAGGAGAUGGGUCACUGCGGAAAGAACCUGGAGGAGGCCAAGCGAAGAUUCCCCGAUGGAAUCCCGAUUCUCGAUCCGAUUGAGAACAUGGGCAUCACUGACGACUCAUUCAAGAAACUCAUGCGCAAGAUCGAGGUUCUUGAAUCUCGGCUGCUCUCGAACCCCCUUCACGGAUCUCCUCUUCUCCCCGAGCUAUGGGAGCAGUAUUUCAAGAAGGUGACUCUUACCGACAAGAUCAAGGAGAAAAAGAAGUCCAUCGCCAAGGCACACAGCAUCGCUCAACUCGAUGAACUCAAGUCACGCAAGCGUGUUCUCCGCCGCCUGGGAUUCAUCAAUGAUGCCGAGGUGGUGCAGAUGAAGGCUCGCGUAGCGUGUGAGAUUUCGUCCACUGAGGGACACGAGCUGCUCCUCUCGGAGCUGCUGUUCAACCGUUUCUUCAACGAGCUGACACCUGAAGUGUGCGCGUCGGUGCUCAGCGUCUUCAUUUUCGACGAGAAGGUGGAGACGCAAGAACUCAAGGAGGAGCUCAUGAAGCCGUAUCGCGAGAUCCAGCGGCAGGCCAGGAUCAUUGCCAAGGUCAGCCAGGAGAGCAAGCUGGAUGUCAACGAGGAUGAGUACGUCCAGAGCCUAAAGUGGCAGCUCAUGGAGACUGUCUACGCUUGGGCUCAGGGACGGCCGUUUGCAGAAAUUUGCAAAAUGACAAACGCCUACGAGGGCUCACUCAUCCGUCUGUUCCGACGUCUGGAGGAGUUGCUGCGGCAGAUGGCCCAGGCGGGUAAGGUCAUGGGCAGCGAGGAGCUGAGCAAGAAGUUUGAGGAUUCCCUCAACAAGAUCAAGAGGGACAUUGUUGCAGCGCAGAGCUUGUACCUGUAA